AUGUUCUCAUCAUCAUGCAACUUGGAUGUAGAAACUGAAACGGGAACUCAAAGGCCACAUGAGUGCAACGUUUGUAAUAAGAGGUUUUUUCAAACAAGCCAUUUAAAAAGACAUAAAAGGACACAUACGAGGGAGAAGCCACAUGAAUGUGAUGUUUGUAAGAAAUUUCGUGAAAGGAGCGAUUUAACAAGACAUAAGAAAAUACACACAAAAGAGGAGCCUUAUAAAUGUGAUUUUUGUAAGAAGAUAUUUUCACAUGUUAGUAUUUUCGUUAAUCAUCAAAGAGCACACACUGGAGAAAAGCCUUAUGAAUGCGAUGUUUGCAUGAAGAAUUUUUCACGUGGUAAUAAUUUAGUUACCCAUCAAAGGACACACACUGGGGAGAAACCUUACGAAUGUGAUAUUUGUAAAAAGAGAUUUUCGCGUAGUAAUCAUUUAGUUAGACACCAAAGAACUCACACUGGAGAGAAACCUCAUGAAUGUGAUAUUUGUAAGAAGAGAUUCUUACAGUCUGCUGGCUUAGCUAGACAUAAAAUGACGCACACUGGAGAAAAACCUUAUGAAUGUGAUGUUUGUAAGCAGCGCUUCUCGCAGUAUGGUGGCUUAACUAGACAUCAAAGAACACACACUAGAGAGAAAGAUUAUGAAUGUGAUGUUUGCGAGAAAAGGUUUUGUACUUUUGCUCAAUUGACUGGUCAUAAAGGAACACACACAGGAGAAAAACCUUAUGAAUGUGAUAUUUGUAAAAAGAGAUUCGCGCAAUCUAAUAGUGUGGCUAGACAUAAACGAAUACACACUGGAGAGAAACCUUAUGAAUGUGAUAUUUGUAAGAAGAGAUUCUUACAGUGUGGUGGCUUAUCAAGACAUAAAAAAACACACGCUAAACAGAAACCUCUUGAAUUUGAUGUUUGA